UGGGACCGCAUCGCAUCCCAUCGCGACAAAGACGACUCGACUUGGUGACGUGACUACCUACGUGUCUAGUAAUUUAACGAAGAAGUGGACACCAAAAUCCAUCCGUACACUCGCAAUGCCCACGACGACCUUGUACAUUGCCAGUGUUGUGCUGCUCCUGUUCAGCGCGACAACAGUGUCGGCGCUGAAGAUCAUAUCGCCCACGUCGGGCUCCAGCAUCGACCCAACCCAACCCUUGAACAUCGUCUGGUCGGCUGAGAACUUCGACCCGGCCCUGGUCGAAAUCCGUUUCAGCAACGCCGAGCCCAAUGCAGUCACUAGCAACUUGACGCUGGCCACGGGGGUGUCGACAUUUUCUGGCUCAUACACAGUACCAGAGAACACGAUCCAGAACUUUGGUACUGGUUACCAACUCCUCUUUAUCGGCAAUGGUGUCACAAUCGCAUCAAGUACCGAUUUAACCCUUGGUGCGUCUAGCAACCAGGUCUCCACUGAUGCCAAUGGUCAACUCACCCUCCUCACCUCCACAUCCACCGACAAUGUGCCCGCCACAACUGCUGGUUCCACUGUCUCCGAAGGUAUAUCUAGCGAAGUCAUCGACACUGUCACGACUUUGACUGGAACAAUUACCGCAUCUCAAUCAUCCACGACGCUGGUAGUAUCAGGAACACCACAGUCUGGUUCCAGCACAGGUUCUGUGCACAGCGCUACCAACAGUGGUUCGUCAAGCGCGUCCGCAACAUCUGCACAAAGUACCAAUGUUGCGACAAGGUCGAGUCUUUUCGGCGGUGAGGCUUUCUUAACCGCUGCAGGCGUGUUGACUGGUCUCAUUGCACUUCUCGCCUGAUGCUGCACUCACAACAGAUCAGUUUCGACUUCAUUCCAUUCACCGUCUUGGGAUUCCCCGAGAAUAUUCGUCUCAAGUCGCGGGGUAGUAGCACGAUGCUGGUUCCAGAUAGUAGGGUGAUGAGGGUCUUGAAGACAACGGAAAGGAAUGUAGUGAUGUCUUGACUAUAGCGAGGGUGUGAAGGAUGAGGCAAUCUGAAUUUAUCCUCUCAUCUGUUCAAGCGUCCAAGAUGUGUUGUCACUUGAGUCCUCUCGGAGCCAAGUAAAAAGAUCGCUCUGUCGGGGGGUGGUCUGCGAUUUGUUCACCGCUUCCAAGCCUCAGGGGUAUAUUAAAGAGCAAU